GUCAUUUCCUGCUUCAAGUCGAGAAUCAUGGUGAGGCAGCUUGUUUGGCAGCGGGCGACCGCUUCGCGUAGAUUGGCUCCGAAAUGCCUCUCCCCGCAACAUCUGUUUAGUCGCCGUGGCAUGGCCACGGAGGCCUCGUCGGCGUCGAAUCGCAUGCCUCCCUACCCGAAGAUCCUGAAAAACCUGGAGGAAGUCCGGCGCGUGCUGGGAUCAGGUCGUUCCCUGACCCUUGCGGAGAAGAUUCUCUACUCCCAUCUGGCGAACCCGGAAGAAUCCCUGUUGACGGGGACCGACAAUGGACGGGACAUCCGGGGGAAGGGCAAUCUGAAGCUCAAGCCCGACCGCGUGGCGAUGCAGGACGCGUCGGCGCAGAUGGCGCUGCUGCAGUUCAUGUCCUGCGGGCUGCCCUCGACGGCGGUCCCCGCGAGCAUCCACUGCGACCACAUGAUUGUUGGUGAACGUGGUGCGGAUACGGAUCUGCCCGCGUCGAUCAAGGGCAACAGUGAGGUGUUUGAUUUCUUAGAAAGUGCCGCCAAACGCUACGGGAUUGAGUUCUGGCCGCCUGGAGCGGGUAUCAUCCACCAGAGUGUUCUGGAGAACUACGCUGCACCGGGGUUGAUGAUGCUGGGUACGGACAGCCACACGCCGAACGCGGGUGGCCUUGGUGCCAUUGCGAUUGGUGUGGGUGGUGCCGAUGCGGUGGAUGCGUUGGUCGACGCUCCGUGGGAGUUGAAGGCCCCGCGCGUCCUGGGUGUGCGCCUGGAGGGCAAGCUGAACGGCUGGGCCACUCCCAAGGAUAUUAUCCUGCAUCUGGCGGGUAAGCUCACCGUGCGCGGUGGAACUGGGUUCGUCAUCGAAUACCACGGUCCGGGCCUUGAGUCCCUGAGCUGCACGGGACAGGCUACCAUCUGUAACAUGGGUGCGGAAGUGGGCGCCACUACGUCCGUGUUCCCCUUCUCCCCCGGCAUGGUGCCCUACCUGCAGGCUACGCACCGCGGGGAUGUGGCGGCUGCGGCCGCCAAGAUCGCUGCCUCGGGCCCCGGGAACCUCCUGCGGGCUGACGAUGGAGCCCAGUAUGACCAGGUCAUCACUAUUGACUUGUCGACGCUGGAGCCGCACAUCAACGGUCCCUUCACCCCGGACCUGUCGGUGCCGCUGUCGUCCUUUGCUGAUACUGUCCGCGAAAAGAACUGGCCGGAGACCUUUGGCGCCGGCCUUAUCGGCAGCUGCACGAACAGCUCCUACGAAGACAUGACGCGCGCGGAGGACCUGGUCAAGCAGGCGGCUGCAGCCGGCCUGGAGCCUGCGGCCGACUUCUUCAUCACCCCCGGCAGUGAACAGAUUCGCGCCACUCUGGACCGCGACCAGACGCUGUCGACCUUCCGCUCAGCGGGCGGCACCGUGCUGGCCAACGCCUGUGGCCCUUGCAUCGGACAGUGGAAGCGCACUGACGACGUGGCCAAGGGGCAGGACAACGCCAUCUUCACGUCCUACAACCGUAACUUCCCCGGCCGCAACGACGGCAACCGCAAGACCAUGAACUUCCUGGCCUCUCCCGAGCUGGUCACGGCCCUGGCGUACUCCGGGAAGACGACCUUCAACCCGAUGACGGACAGUCUGAAGACGCCGGAUGGCAAGGAGUUCCGUUUCCAGGCGCCCACCGGCUCGUCUCUCCCGGCCGAUGGCUUUGCCGACGGCAACCCGUCCUUCAUGCCCACUGCGGCCGUCCCCGACGCGACUGCCGAGGUCGCCGUGUCGCCGACGUCAGACCGCCUGGCGCUGCUGGAGCCGUUUGCUCCCUUCCCCGCGGGCGAGCUGUCGGGCCUGAAGGUGCUCUACAAGGUCAAGGGCCAGUGCACGACCGACACGAUCUCGGCCGCCGGCCCAUGGUUGAAGUACAAGGGCCAUCUCCCCAACAUCUCGGCCAACACGCUGAUCGGUGCCGUCAACGCCGCGACGGGCGAGACCAACGUCGCCUACGACGAGGCCGGCAAGCCGCACGGGAUCCCCGAGCUGGCCGAGCAGUGGAAGGCCGCCGGCCAGGAAUGGCUCGUGGUCGCCGAGGACAACUACGGCGAGGGCAGUGCGCGCGAGCACGCCGCCCUGCAGCCGCGCUACCUGGGCGGUCGCGUCAUCGUCUCGAAGAGCUUCGCGCGCAUUCACGAGACCAACCUCAAGAAGCAGGGUGUGGUGCCGCUGACGUUCGAGAACCCGGCCGACUACGAUCGCAUCGAUGCCUGCGACCAGGUCGACACGGUGGGUCUGUACGAUACGCUCCAGGCGGGCGGACAGGGCUCGGUGCAGCUGCGCGUGCAGAAGCGGACUGGCGAGACCUUCACCAUCCCCGUUCGACACACCUUGAGUCCGGACCAGAGUGCUUUCGUGUUGGCUGGUAGUGCGUUGAACCUUCUGGCGAAGAACGCGCAGAAGAACUGAGUUUGGAUCUCUUUGUGUUAGACUAGAUGUACAUACGUAGAUAUAUCCUAUAAAAGCGGGAGUGUUU